AUGACUGAACUAGAACAAUCCAGCUCAGCUGCCAACACAUUAACAGAACCAGCACAGCUUUCAACAUCCAACAAGCCGAACAAGCUACUAGCAACCAAGCUCAACAAAGUUCUCGGCUCCUCGGUGUCCGAUGAUGCUCGAAUUAAAGCAGCACUUUCUGCACUGUCAGACAUUCCCGACUUAGAUGAAACGGACCUGAGGCGCAAUUUACGUGGCACCAUUGAAAAGAAGGAAAUCGAAGCAAACAAAAAGUUUCUAGAAGGAUUUUCUCGCGUUGUCGACCAACUAGAGACGCUGGAAAGUCAAGUUGAAGGGAUGGAUGUUUCGUGUCAGGAAAUGAAAGGAAAGCUGGAUCAGGCGAGCGAACAAACGGCAGAAAUGAUCGAACAGGCUCAUAAUCUGCAGGAUCGAAGCUCGGCAUGUGACGCACGAAUCACAAUUGUUGACAAGUUUUUGGAAAAGUUUACUUUAAGCGAGCAAGAAAUUAAUACGUUAUGCUCUUCAGCAGUUCCAAUCGGCGACGAUUUUUUUGUUGCGUUAAACCAUCUCAAGCAGAUCCACAGCGACUGUCGAGUAUUGCUUAUGACACAAAACCAGCAGGCAGGGUUGCAUAUCAUGGAAUCCAUGGCUUUACACCAAGAAACAGCAUACGAAAAGCUAUACCGAUGGACACAAUACGAAAGUCGAGCAUCAUUUGGGCGAGAUAGUAUUGAUGUUAGCACGCUUAUGACGAAGGGACUACAUGCAUUAAGACAUCGGCCUGUUCUUUUCCAGACUAUUCUGGAUGAUCUUGCAGUCGCUAGAAGAGAAGCAGUAGGUCGUGCUUUCAUAAAUGCCUUGACACGAGGUGGACCUGGUGGCACACCACGCCCUAUCGAACUUCAAGCACACGACUCAUUGCGAUAUAUUGGAGAUAUGCUCGCUUGGAUCCAUCAGGCAUGCGCAAGCGAAAAGGAAAUGUUGGAGAGUUUAUUUCAAGGUUCACCGGGUACACGCAGACGAGAAGCCUCAUCAGCAGAGGCAGAAGACGGAGAAGAAUCACAUUCGAUUAUACAUAUUAACGAUGCUAUCGAUGAAUUGUUGGACUAUGCCAUGGAAGGAACAUGUAGACCACUUAAGUCUCGUAUGGAACAAGUGCUUGUAUUACAACCUGGUGCAAUCACAUCAUAUCGUGUCGCCAAUUUGAUCCAGUUUUAUUCUGUCACUGUGGGCAAAUUACUACGCAAGAGCGCUGCUCUCGCAAAAGUACUUUACGAUAUCACUGAAAUGGCGUACAAGUACUUUUUCAAAACAUUAAACGCACAAGCGGAUCGACUCCUCCAGUCUGCAGAUCCUCCUACCAAGGAACUAACAAUAUCACCUGUUGUUCGAGAAAUGACGCUACAACUCAAAGAGAUCGUUUCUUCGUAUGAUUCAUCCUACUUAAUAGCUAGUGGAGAAGCUGACGGUUUGCGAACAUUUGACUUCGGUGAAACAUUGGAUGCCAUUGUAGAUCCACUUGUACAAAUGUGUGAGCUUUCGGUGCAGAAAUUUUCUAGUGUAGAGCGCGACGUAUAUGUUGUCAACUGUAUACAGCAUAUAGAGACAGCUCUAUCAUCCUAUCCUUUCACGGAACAGAAACGGGAGAAUCUAUCAGAAAGAACUAAUCAUCUUUUACAAGAACUGGCUGCGGAGCAGUAUCGCGAUCUACUACAUCAGUCUGGAUUAUCCGAAAUUGACAACGCUGUGCGCACCAAAGACGCAGAUAAACCUCUAUCCAAAGUAUCAAAGAUGGAUACUCAAUCUGUAUCAACAGCAUUGUCCAACCUUGACUCUUUCUUGAUCACUAUCAGCGCAGGCGCCUCCCCCGAGCUACGAAAAUUGACUAGUUCGGAGCAUUACCAUCAAGUCCAGGACAAUGCGAUCCGCAUGUUGCUAGAUGCUUAUAGACGGAUACACGUUGCAGUAGAAGAUCCUAAAAACGAAUACGAAUACCCAGAUAGAAUCUUGCCACGAACGAUAGAGGAAAUGGAGGCUAUUUUCUCGUUUGCUCUAUAA